AUGGCGAAUCCUAUGCUCGAUCCAGUAUUGGUGAAAACAGAAGCAAUGACUGAUGAGGAGGAUAUAUACGCAGUGAGCAGUGACUCAGACGAUGAAGAUUCGCGAAAGCCACCGCCAAAAAUCCAGAUCGAAGGUCGACAGAAUGCCGAUAUCAACCAGCUGAAGUCUGCGAUCACGGAAACCAAAGGACCUGUCAAAGAUGAAGCUCGAGAGGAAGAACUGGAAAAACUUAAGCAAGCAGCAGAGAUAAAGAAAGUAAAGCAGGAAUUUGAAGAAGGGAAAGUUGCCAGUACCGCAGAGGAGGAACUCCAUGCCGCCAAGGCAGCUAUGGAGGAAGAGCGGCAAAAACUAACUGAGAUUGGCAAGGAAAAAUACUCCAAAUUCAAAGACCGCUUCGAAAACCUCGACUCCACCCUGGAUGAGAACCUCGAAGAGCGUUUGAAGCGCAUGGAACGCGAAAUGAUCGGCGUCGGCAAGGAGACCCUGGCCAACGCUAAAGAAAGAUUCGAGAAGGGUAUCGAAGAUUCGGCUGUGGUGCGUGAGAAGGUCGAAAUCGAACGGAGUGCUGAUUUGCAGAAGAUGAAAUCGGCCUUUACUCGAGAUAUGACAGCCGAUGAGGCACCUAAGGAGUGUGCUGUCUGUGGUAAAACCGUCUAUCCUGUGGAACGAGUAUUCGCCAACAAACAACUCUAUCACAAUCAAUGCUUCAAAUGCUCGAAAUGCGAAAAGAAAUUGACGCCUACCAACUACAAUUCACAUCAAGGAGCAUUGCUGUGUAAAGUGCACAUGUUGGAAGUAUUCCAUCCUGAGAUUGCAAAGACUAUGGAUCCAGCUAAUACUGAAGAAGAUGAGCAUGUCGAAGACACUGACGAUGAUGAAUUCGCUGUCAGCAACAAGCCCAAACAACUUCAGGGAGUGGUAAAAUCCGGCACUAGCGCCGUACAAGACGAAUUGGCGCAGAUUACGAGUUUGAAGUCGAAGAAAGGCGAUUUCGAAUCAGCUGCGAAGGAAGCGGCUAAUAUCGAAAAGUUGACAAAGGUAGAAGAUGAGGUGCUUAGAUCAGGAAAGGUGAAGGCCAAUAAAGAGAGAUUCUUGACUGGAGAACUGGAAGACGAAAGUGAAGAAGAAGAGGAAGGCGAACGAGAUCCAAACAUCAUCCGCGAAGAUAAGAAAAAGAAGAAGCAAGAGCUACACUUCGCUCAGGUUGAUGACCUGAAAAACAAGUGGAAGACGGGUGAUGUUGAAACAGCCGAGCAGAAAGAAGCAAAGGAAAACAAAGAACUGGAGCUUCUUAAGACUGGUCCAUCGGUCAAGGAGCGCUUCCAAGAGCGUAACGAAGCCGAUGAAGUGGUCGAAAGACAAUGGGAUCGUAGCGAAUUGGACACUGCUGGCAUCGCUAAAGCAAGGGAAUCGUUCAUGCAAGGAUCUGCUUACGACACUGGUGCCGUAGAAAAAAGUGCAAAGGACUUGGACGAGCUCCAGUUCAAACAGCUGCAAAACUUCAAGGAACGAUUCGAAAAAGGUGAAGGUGAAGCGGACAUACAAAAGACCGAAGUCGACCUUGGUGAUCUGCAUCUCGAAGGCAUUAAGGCCGCUUUUGAACAGGGCGAGGAAGAGAUGUCACCAGAAGAGCGCGCUGCCCUCAAGAAAAAAGAAAUUGAGGCAGAGUUCCAACGAUACAAGCUGGCUAGACGAGCCGCUGCUGAACGGGCCAAGAAGGAGGCAGAACAAGGUAUUGUGCCCGGUGAAGGCGCUGCCGAUGUCGGAUCCAUCAAGGAUCGCUUUGACAAAGGAGAAGCAUUCAAGAGCCAAGGCGCAGAUGGAAAAGAAUUGGACGUUGAGAUCAAAAUGGCCGGCAAGGCACGAGAAAAAUUCAUGCAGAUUGACGCUUCUGGUGCUACGCCAGUGGUUCCAAAUGUGAAGAAGCACGAACCAAGUAAAUGGGACAAGAAGGAGGGUCCCGUCGCUGAAGUAAUCAAUAGGAGAGUCGUCGAAGACUACGAUGAGCCUGAAGAUGAAGAUGCAUUUGAUGUAAAGAACUUGAUGAAUAAGUUCAAGCACAUUGGUGAAACCUCAGCCACCUCAGCGAUCAGCGAAGAACAACGUGCUGAACUGGAAGCAAUCAAGUCUCAAGCAGCCAAGCAAGCCAGCAACAUCAAACAACGAUUUGAACAGGGUAUCGAUGACGACGCGGAUAUGGCCGAAGAGAAGCGACGGCAAAUGCAAGAAGAAUUCGAGCGGCUUAAGAGGGAACGCGAAGAAGCACAGAAGAGACUCGAAGAGGAGCGUGCUUUGGAGCUACAACAACAGCAUGAAAUUGAAAAAGAAGAUGUAGCCAUCAAGGCCGAUCAUGCCUCAAAGAUGGCCGCAAAAUGGGAGAAACUCCAAGCGAAAGAGGCCAAAAAGGCUGAGAAGAGCCGAAUGCCAGAGAAGAAGACUACUGCGGACCAAUGAGAGCGCUGAGCGAGUGCACAUCGCAUCCUCCUCCUGACUUCUUCCACUUCGCAAAAAAUAAAA